AUGUCCUCGGGUGAUAUGCUAUGCAGUCGCGAUGAAGGCGAUGGAAUUCGAAACGGUGCCAUACCGGUCCUCAUGAGGUGCCCUGAGUGCACCGUCGGCUCGCAUUGUUCAAAAUGCCUGUUGGAUUUCUACACAGGCUUGUGUGACGCCUAUGGAUCAAAGGUUGAUCCUGCUUUUGUGACGACCUUGGUGACACGUUGGCCACAAGUGGUGAUGAGCUUGAGGUCCCCGCUGGACUCCAGCCUGAUGCCAGUUCUGCAGACCGUUGGCGAGGCGCCUUUCGUCCAAGGCCUUUAUAUUGGCACUCAUCUUAGUCGUGGGUGGAGAGGAGAAGGCAAUUGGAUCGGCCGUGCUCUACAGAUUCCAUGUCCUAGUCUUGCCAGCUCCCUGAAGAAACUCGAUCUUCAGAGGCUAGGCAUUGAUGGCCACGGGGCUAGGCAGCUUGCCGAGGGAGUAGUGCAGUUGAAAGUCUUAAAGGACCUCAUACUCUCCCACAACUACCUAGGAUAUGAAAAUGGUCAGGAGUCAGUCCUGCGUAUAGUCGAGGAAGGGCCGAAGACUUUGCGCUAUCUAGAUAUUAGUUUCAAUGCUAUUGGUUAUAUGAACAUACGCAGAAUUAUCGCCGCUGUAGAGAGUCGGAACAAGGCGUUAACCGAUGGGAUGGAGAUGAACGCGGAGCAGCAGGAGUCUAUGUCCAAAUCUGGAGAGGAGAAGCGAGAACUCCAGCCUUUCUCCCCACAUUCUUGUUGUCAUUGUCGUGUGAACUUUGAUGGUAACUUCGUAGUGGAAGAGAUAUGGAACGCUCUCACUCACGGGUUUGGGAUGGUUCUGGUCGUCCCCGGUUUGAUCGACCUUAUGGUCCUCACUGCUGAUGAUCCCUACCGCUGCAAGAUCGCGGUUGUGGCUUAUAUGAUGAGCUGCUCUCUCCUGUUCGCCGUCUCAACUCUGUUCCAUGCAUUCUUCAUGCUAGACCUGACCUCAAGGAUCUUUCAAGUGCUUGACCAUAGUUCUAUAUUCGUCCUUAUCGCGGGGAGUUAUACUCCUUUCUGCGUUCUGUUAUUCGGUGACGAUCCCAAUGGCAGCUGGGUGAUGACAGCUGAGUGGGCCCUCGCUGGAGUUGGUAUCACAGCUCACAUCAUAGCCGUCCACUUCCCCAAGAUCCGUCACGCCCCCUUGUAUGUCUACGGCGAGCUGUUCUUGUAUGUUCUCAUGGGAUGGAUGGCCCUAGCGGUUUACGACACCUUCUUCACCGCGACUCCUGUGCACAUUAGAUAUCUUAUCACUGGCGGUGGUGUCACCUACAUGGCAGGCCUGCCAUUCUACAUCCUGGACAAUAUCAAAUGCGUCCCCAUCCUUCACUGUGUAUGGCAUCUCUUUGUCCUGGUAGCAGCCAUAAUCCACUUCUGUGCGGUGCGAGAAUCGGUUAUCUACUUCAACAAUCAGCAUAGCGCGUCAUUGCUGGGCCUCUCACUAUGAUUAAUU